AUGUCCUGUGAAGACGAACAUCACAACCACAAUCAUGGUCAUAACCAUAAUCACAAUCAUGUUGCUCCUAUUCCUACAACAGCUGGACAAUCAUUAAAUAAUAAAAUUGAUACAUCUAAAGUGACAGCUCUCAACAUGGCCAACUCUGCUGACGAUCUAGCAAAAGUUUUCAAAGAUUCGACUAAAAAAUAUCAAAUCAAACCAAUUAUCAAAUCAGACAGUGAUGAACAAAUGAUUAUCAACAUUCCAUUUCUUAAUGGUAGUGUCAAAUUGUAUUCGAUAAUUCUACGUACCAAUGGGGAUUUGUAUUGUCCCAAAACAAUAAAAUUAUUCAAAAAUGACACAUCAAUUGAUUUUGAUAAUGUGGAUUCGAAGAAACCAAUACAGGUGUUAACUCAUCCUCAAGUUGGUGUUGCUAAUAAUGAUAGCGAUGAUCUUCCAGAGUUUUUGGAAUCAAAUAACGAUGACGAUUUUGUCGAACAUUAUGUGUCUCGACAUAAAUUCACUGGGGUAAAUCAAUUGACAAUAUUUAUUGAAGAUAUUUAUGAUGAAGGAGAAGAAGAGUGUCAUUUACAUUCAAUUGAAUUGAGAGGGGAAUUCACUGAAUUAAACAAAGACCCUGUCAUUACAUUAUAUGAACUGGCUGCUAAUCCUGCUGAUCAUAAGAAUUUAACGAUUGUUGAAAAUCAAAAUCUAGCAUAA